AAAUACUUUAAGUAUUCCUUAAAACCUAUUGUGACUUAUAUGAUGAAACCUAUUGUGAAUUUACAAAACAGCUGUUUGCAAUGCUCUGCUGAAUGUUUAAAACAUGAUUUGACAACUUGAAUAAAAACGUUUUACAAAUCAUUUAAAAAAGUAUUUUAAAAUGAAAAUAUCACGUUUGAAGAAAAGUCAUAAAAUCUUGCAAUAUUUUGCCACCAACUUUAAUUAUAGAGAACCAUAUCAAGUGUUAAUAGACGCAACAUUCUGUCAAGCUGCCUUACAGAAUAAAAUUAUAAUAGAAGAACAAUUAAAGAAGUAUUUUCAAACACAAAUUAAGUUAUUAACAACGCAAUGUAUUAUAUUGGAAGCCGAAUCGCUUGGUGCGCCGCUGACAGGCGCUACCAAAAUUGUUAAAAAAUUUCACGUACACAAAUGCGGCCACGAAGGUAAGCCAGUUACCGCAGCCGAGUGCAUAAAAUCCAUGACCAAAGACAGUCGUUACAUUGUGGCAACUCAAGAUCGAACGCUGCAGGAUAGAUUACGCAAAGUACCUGGACGUUGUUUACUUUACUUACAUAAAGCCACGCCUGUGCUAGAGGAGCCAUCAAAUGCAUCAAAAAAGUAUGUUUCUAAGAAAUCGAAGGAUUUACUGCCAGCAAAAAUUGGAGAAAAAAUUGAUCAUAUGAAACAAACGCAGGGCUUAAAGAGUUCCACCGGUAAAGAGGAGACUAGUAAAAAGAAGCAUAAGGGUCCGAAAAAUCCAAAUCCUUUAUCUUGUAAAAAAAGUAAAAAGCAAAAAGUACAAACAACGCAGUCUGUACAUAAAAAUGAUAAAAAUACAAAAUUGAAUUUAAAUGCUAAAAGCAAAACGCUUAUGAAACCGAAACGUAAAAGAAUUAAAAUUCCAAAUCAUGUAAAGGAAAUUGUAAAAAAAUAACAAAGUCUCAUGAAGAGAAACAAAGCAAA